AGUCCACCAGGCUUAAAGUUGCCAAGGUUGGAGACCCCUGCACUAAUGGGUUCUAUGGGUGAUAUGCUUUAUUAUUUGUUGCUGCUGCCGGAGGGGUGGUCUACACCAGUGGUCACCAACUGGUGGUCCGUGAGAAAAUUUUGGUGGUCCGCAAAAAAAUUAUUUGCAUUUUUUUAUAUUGCACUAAAUCAGGGAUCCUCAAACUACGGCCCCAUGACCGGAUACGUGCAAUGAACGUUUGGGUUGCUGCAGAGAGUCUUUCUGCAGAGAGUCUUUCGGGGUCUUUUUGUUCAAGUUGGAGGGGGGCAGAAAUUCUGAUUUGGGGUCUGCUUCAGUCUCCUGCUGUGGGGCUUUGGGCAAAGGCUGGAGGGAAGUUGUGCUGGUGGCAAAAAGGCGGAGGGCCUUGUACCAAUGGGACUGCAUCAUGGCCUGGAAUUGACUGACCAUCUCAGCCAGCUGAGCCUCAAGGUGACGGUACCUGGCCUUGCAUUCCCACAGGUCUUCCCUCUGCUUGGAAAGCCUAUGCUCGUAGUCCUCAGUGAGGUGCUUCUGCUGAGCCUCCUUCUCGGUCAGAUCCAAUUUGAACUAAGCCAGCUGUUUUGCCAACUCUUUCUUGUGGUGGCUGCUUAGCUCCAACAACUGCUUCCUGUUGGGGCCCUAAGGAGCCCGGGCGGGAAGGUGAGGAGUGACUGGCAGGGGAGGGGUGAGUAGAGGCAGACAAGGCACCCCUCGAUGUGAGUGACAUAGAGUUGGCCACGCCCACCCAGUCACAUGACCACCUAGCCACACCCACCCAGCCGGUCAUUAGGCAGAUCAUAUUAGUUGUCUGUGGGAUUUAAAAUUAUGAAUUUAGUGGUCUCUGAGGUCCAAAAGGUUGAGGAUCCCCGGUCUACACCGUCGCCCUUGUGUGAGAGCAGCAACUUUGCUGAUUUCCUUUCCCAGCUGCAAUAAAAGGACCGUUCUGGGGACAGCAGUUUGCCACUUUCCUCCUCCUUUCUACCUUGAGGACCCAAGAAGAACGCAUUGGCCAAGGAGUAGGAAAGAGCUCACAGUAGUCAUAUUUUACAUAAAAGGUCUUGAGCUUGUAAUUGAUGUUUACAAAAAAUUAUACAAUUUACAUUUGCAAUUAUUUAUGUAUUGCAUUUUGCAUAAUUGAUAUAUUUUUUUUUUUACCAUCGCAAUACCGACGGAGCAGGAUUGAAAUUUCUUCCUUGGCAGCUGGACGUCUUAUCCAGCUAUGGCAAUGUCAGCUGCCAAGCUAAGAUGGCUUUUAUGAUUGUCAGGUCUUUCCACAUAUAUGUUCCGAAUAUACAAACAUGCAAACAAUUGCUAACUGGAAGCAGAGCCUUCAGCCAUUUCUGUCAGAAAAUGAGGCAAUUCCCAGUCGGCUACUUUGAUUCUUCUAUAUUGGAAAACCGAAGAGAGUUCCUGUGCACUUCAUGUAGAAACUACCAUGUGAAACUAAAAAAUCAUACUAGCCCUGUUGUGGAAACAAUACAACAUCUUGGAGAGGCCAAUAACAAUUUAAAAUCUAAUAGCAAGACAUUAGGUGAACAGAUAUUUUUGAAGGAAUUGAACCAAUGGUCUUCAUACAAAGAUAUUUUCAAAUUCGUGAGUACUUUGGAUAAUUUAUCUGACACCAUGGUAGCAGCUAUCUUUCAGCGAUUGGGUGAAGUCCAGCUACAGGACAGCUUAAUAAAAAGUCCCGAGUUGCUGAUGGAAAAUGAUAUGUUCAAAUCACUUUGCUUGCGGUUGGAAAAAGAAUCUACACAUUUAUCUGACUCUGCUCUUGUAAAUUCUCUAAAUGCUUUGACAAAGUUGCACGUGGAUCCUUGCAGUUCCUUGAUGGUUUGCUUGGUGUCAGAGAGCCAACAACGUCUUGAUAAGGGACAAAUGACUAUACAAAAUUUGUGUAUUCUUGGAGAAGGUUUAUUUAAUCUUGGAGGAUCAGAACAUGCUAUGCUGGAACAAAUUAUGAAUCAAAUUCAGAGUACAAAUGUUGAGGACUGGAAGAUUGAAGAAAUGGUCCUGGUAUACAGAACUCUGCAGCUGUGUGUAGGUAGAAAAAUGAACCUGUUCCAGAACCUGUUAAGCAAAAUGAACAGUUUUGCAGAGAUGGAAGGUUGCCAGUUCACUCCCAAACAGACAAGUACAGUGUUAAGUGCGCUGGUUGUUUUAGAUGAAACCCAAGUCAAUAACUUGAUAAUAAAACUUUGUAAGCAUGCAUCAUGUUAUAUCCCAUACUUUACAGAUGAUGAAAUGAUAAAUGUGCUGGAAGCAUUCAUUCAUUUCAGAUGCUCUGACCAGGGUUUCACAGAGGCGCUAGAAAGACAUGUUACUAAAUUUGCCUUUGUGAUGCAUCCCAACACAAUUUCCAAAACCAUGCAGUACUGCAGUACACUCUGCAUUCUUUCCAAACCCAUAUUCAAUGCAGUGGCAGAAACCUUUGUCUACAGUGCUGAUAAUUUCACCGUUUCUCAGAUUGUUGAGCAGGUUGUUCCAUUUGGGAAGCUCAACUAUUUGCCCCCGUCUGCUCCAUCUUUCUUCCGGCAGGUUGAAAGGUUCGUUAGUAUGCGACUUUCUGAAUUUGAGCCUCAUGAACUUCUGAAACUUCUUCAUUCAUGCAUUCUCAUUAAAUGCUACCCGCUAAAUUUUAUGGAAAAACUGUUCAGCCCCUUUUUUCUGCAAGAAUUGCAAGCUGAAACACCAAGAUCGAAGAUUCUUUCUCAAUUGACUCAGCUGUUUUUAACCAUUCAACUGGAGUGUCCAUACUAUAAGAAGCCCUGGCUAUCCCUAGACUACCAAGUCAAGUCCUUUUACACUAGAUGUGAGUCAUUAGAAUCCAAGGUUGAUCUUCAUCUUUUCAACAGAGUGAAGGCUGGCAUGAUUGACCUCUUAGGGAGCCAAAAAUAUUUUGUCUAUAAUGUUCUGACACCAUAUCACUACACUAUAGAUAUUGAGAUUAAGCUCAACGAAGAAGGAUUUGUACUACCAGUCAACGCACAUGAUGAGAUAUACGAAAGAAUAGCUCUCUGCAUUGAUGAUGAAAAGAGAUUUUGUGCUAAUACUCACAAUCUUCUUGGGAAAGAAUCCAUUAAGCAAAGACAUCUGAAGCUCAUUGGUUAUGUGGUUGUACAGAUCCCAUUUUUUGAGUUUAACCCACUGGACAACAAAAAUGAUGUAGUGGAAUACCUACACAAGAAAGUAUUUCCUAACUUUUAUAGCUUCCAUGAAAAUAAAGCUGAAUCCAAAUAAAUGUAUAUGAAGGCUAUUGUUGAUUUUGUGUUUGAGAAAUUAAGAUUUAAAUAAACCCAGUGUUUUAUCCUA